GUGUGCAGGGGAGAAGUCCAUCCUGGCAAUGGACCCUCUGUGCUUCCCUGGUAGGGACGGCCCCCCACCUCCUGCGUGUGCACCUGUCGAAGUCUGCCUAUUGCCAUGAAGCCAACUUCUCAAAAGUCCUUGUGAACCUUGGGCUCCCGAAUUUCCAAGAUAAUCAAAGGUCCUGAGCUCCGUCUCUGGCUCAUGGCAGGCCUUGCGACCCUGGGGGCUGGCCUCCUGCUCCUGACCCUGUGUGCCCACUGCAUUGCCCCUGCAGGCUCUGCACCCAUCCCCUCUUCCUGCUGCAUGUCCUUCAUUUCCAAGAAAGUUCCUGAGAACCGAGUGGUUAGCUACCAGCUGUCCAGUGCGAGCGUCUGCCCUAUGGCAGGAGUGAUCUUCACCACCAGGAAGGGCCAGAAGUUCUGUGGCGACCCCAAGCAGCACUGGGUCCAGAUGUACAUGAGGAACCUGGACGCCAGGCGGAAGAAGGCGUCCCGUGGGGUCCGGGCGAUGACCACCAAAGCCCCAGUGCAGGGGAAGCCAGCCAACACCACCGCCAUCUAGCACCGCCUGGCCCUCCGCCUGGGGUCCAUGAGCCAACGAUGAGAGGCGGGGAGCAAAUGUUCCUGUUUCCUAACAUCAGCCUAUAAGACAGAAUCCAAGGCUGGGGAGGCCUGCCCUGGGGGUGCUGAGUAACCGCUCCAAGGGUCCUGGGCCCCUUGCCUUCCCCGAGCUGUAGGAGAAGAUUCUGGAAGGAAGGGGGUGGUGGCCAGUUGUCCUUCUCCUGGACUGGGGCCAGCCCUUCUCUGCCUUCCAGGUUCCAUCGGAACCCAGGGGCCUGAGGCCUGACCUGCAGACACACUCGGCUGGCCACCUAAAAACUUAGCCUACAGUUGGCUUCUGUGGGUCCUCGGGGCCUGCAGUGGGACCCUGUGGACUGACCAUCUGUCUGUCUGGGUACGGGGGACCUGUCAACAGCUGAAGCUCGUGGCAUUGCCAAUGUCCCACUUCCAGAAUCCCGGAAGAAUAAAAAUCUGAGAAAAAUGUGGCUCCUUUGCCACAGGACCUGCCAGACCCCAGCCUUCCUUGCACACGUCUCGUGGGCUAAACGGAAUGAC